CCAGGCAGUGAGAAAACAGUAACACAAGUAGAAAAUCUGAUUGUGGUGGAACACAUAGCAGAACAUGAUGGACAAGCUACAGAGAGACAGAAAAAACCUAAUGACAUGGGCACUGCUGUUUUACCUGGGCUCACAGGUAUGCUGUCAGCGGUGUGGUGGCCCUUGUCAGUGCCAAAGCUCUUUACCAGCCUGCCCAGAAGGUGUUCCUCUCAUUCUCGAUGGGUGCCAGUGCUGUCAGGUGUGUGCAAGACAGCAGGGUGAGGCCUGCAGUGAGCUGUAUCCAUGUGACAGUCAGCGCAGCCUGCAAUGUGACUACAGUGCCAGCUUCCCUGGAGAGCCAGGAGAGUGUGUCAGUCAGAAGGAGCUGGGCUGUGAGCAUAAUGGAGUCUCCUAUCAGGACGGCCAGGUAUUUCAGCCAUCAUGUGCUCUUCAGUGUAACUGUUUGGGUGGAGGGGUGACCUGUGUGUCCCGGUGCACUGAGGAUGUUCUCCUGCCCACCCCAGACUGCCCUCAUCCUCGAAGGGUUCAACAACCAGGAAAAUGCUGUAAAGAGUGGCUGUGUGAAAAUAUAGACAACACAGUGCUUCAGGACGCUCACACAGCUUCAGGAAGUGAUCAGACCAUGCCUGCAGACUCUGCAUACCAAACCAGACCCGGUACAAACUGCAUAGACCAGAGCUCAGAGUGGAGCGCCUGCUCACACACCUGCGGGCCUGGAAUAUCCACACGGAUUUCCAAUCAAAACCCGGCCUGUCGCCUGGAGAUGCAGAUGCGCUUGUGUAGGAUCCGACCCUGUCAGCCUGUUCUCCGGAGAAACCCACAGUGGUCAAGGAGAAAAUGUCAACCCAGCUACAGGUCAGCAAACCCAGUGCGGCUUUUCCACCAGGGCUGCUAUAGUACGCAGUUCUACAGGCCCCGUUAUUGCGGCUCAUGUAAAGACAACCGUUGUUGCACUCCUUACCGCACUGGCACGGCACUGGUCACUUUCCGCUGCCCUGGAGGAAGACUGCACAAACAUGCUGUCAUGACCAUCAACUCCUGCAUCUGCCAUAACAACUGCCCCUAUUCAUCUGGAAGGGCAUAUAGAGAGACACCCUUCUGGGGCUAGAAACGGACUCUCUUAAAGGCUGACUUUCAAUCUAGUAACUUCAUAUUGGAUGCUCUGAGUUUAAAAUUUUUUAGUUACAAGGAGCCAACUCAAGAUUUUACGUUUCAUUUCACUGAGAAAAAAAACACACACUAAAGAGCACUAAAGAACACAUAAGCCAUUUGAGAUUUGACAGCAAUGCUUUUUUUCAGGACACCGUCUUAAGACGACAGGUGUCUGUACUGGUAUCUUUGGUGUAAAUAAAAUAGUUUGUGUUUAAAAUCUACCAGACAUUUUUUCUAUUGGGUUUACACAUUGGCAGCUGUUUUACUUUGAAAAAAAAAAAAAAAACUUUACAUUUGAAAUAUACCACACAAUUAUGUAAGAGCUCUGUCUGUAUCUUUGUCUGUGUUGUGCUUAUUAUUGGACAAUUGUGGCUCUCAAUGAAUUCCAAAGCUUUUAACUCACAAAAGAUGAAAAUUAUCUAAAUCAGAUCUGAUGUUUUCUUCUCUUCAAGAAAUAGGAUUUAAGCAAAGAAAUAUCUCGUAUGUCUCGUACAGAUUUACCUGAAAUAACAUUGCACAUGAAUGCAGAAAAAUUGUUUAGUUGCUAUGUGAAAUUUAGACAAUAUUUUUUUUAGUUAAAUGUGGCAUGUUCACCUGUAUUUACUGCAGGCUUUUAUUUGAAGACUGACACUAACUGUACUUUAGUGUUUACCAAUUUCAUGCAAAACGAUUGACUGUGUAUAUAUAUGUGUAAAUACUUGUUUAUGUCUGUAUGUUUCUGUCAUUAAUACUAGAACCUUUAACAUUUGUGUUCAUUUGGAACAUUUUAUGUUUCAUUGCACUGUAAUUUGCCAUCUCACAUCUUUGCAGUCAUUUGUCAGACCUUACACAAACGGUUUUGAAAAAUCUCAUCAUAAUCAUUUCAUAAAUACUCAAUAACACA